UCAAAAACGUCUCUAUGUGGGUCGGAACGACGUGUAAAUAACAGAAAGUAAAAUUAUAUAAUACGAAUUAUGGAUUAUUUCAGUCAACAUCUAAUAUGAAUCAAGUGUUUGAACUUACAGUAGGAGCCCGGUCCAGAAGAUUGCCUGGAACAUCAAUGUAAUAUGAAGAAUAGCAGUGAAUACCAAGGAGCUGUUUUAGUGAUUUGAUGACCAUGAGACGGAGCCCAAGGAGACCCUUGAUUCUCAAAAGAAGAAAGCUGCCUUUUCAGCAAAAUGACCAACCACCAACUGACUCACACAGUCAAUCUGGACCAUCAACCUCUAAAGAUCCUCCAAAAUCAGCUGCCAAUCAAUGCCUCCCUGAUGGUGUUCGUUUUAUGGGUCAUCCUUCCAUGCCUGCUACACAGGUGGUUGUUAUUCCAAAAACAGUGGACCUUCAGAGUGUUAUUGGGGUCCUUACUGCCAAGGGCAAAGAACGUGGCGCUCAUGGACCAAAUACGUUUAUCCUUCUGAGUGAGAGCAGCAGUUGUAGCAGUGGAUCUUCUUGCCAGCCUGUUACUGAAGUGGCAGACAUCUCUAUGAGGAGUACAGCAGGACAGCCAUCGCAGGAUGAAACUUUGAACAACUCCCUGGAUGUUAAACCUGUGAUUGCAAUGAAAUCAUUGAAAAAGGAAGUGGCAGAGGGUCCCUUAGAUGACAGCCUUUCAAAUAUUCAGUGGUUGGGAAAAAUUACCACAUCCCCCUUGGAACCAGAUCUUCCUACACCUAUGGUCAACAAGGAGAACCAAAACUCUAAUUCACAGGUCUUACAAGCUGACAAAACACAAAGUGAUACAGAGGGUGUUCUUAAACAGCCCAUUUCUGAGAGACCACCAUACUCCUACAUGGCUAUGAUCCAGUUUGCUAUCAACAGCAGAAGAAAUAGGAGGAUGACGCUGAAAGAGAUUUACACGUGGAUCGAGGAUCACUUUCCUUACUUCAGAGAUGUGGCCAAAAAAGGAUGGAAGAAUUCCAUCCGCCAUAACCUCUCUCUACAUGAUAUGUUCAUCCGUGAAACAUCACCAGAUGGUAAAGUUUCUUUCUGGACAAUCCGGCCUGAGGCUAAUCGAUUCCUCACUCUUGAUCAGGUAUACAAGCCGGACUGUGGCCCAACAACUGCUCCUGGUCCUGUGUCAAUGCUUCUGUUUCCAGACCAACAACCAAAAAGCAUGCUUCCUGAUUCGAAGAAAACACCAACAGGCACUGAGAGAAGAAUGAAACCCCUUCUCCCUCGCACCGAUUCCUAUUUGGUGCCCAUCCAACUCCCUGUGGCCUCGUCUGUCCUAAUGCCACCCUCCUCAUCCAGCCAGUUUACCCCCUCUUGUUCUCAGCAGAAACGUAACAUUCCUCGUGGAACCAAGAGAGUGCGGAUCGCUCCUAAGGUGACACAAGUUGAUGCUCCAUCAGCGGUAAUUAAACAACACAAAGAAAUCAAAAUAGAGGUGAAGGAGGAGCCAAUACCCGCUCCAAUAAAAUGUGAAACUCCCAAAGCCCUAUCGAAGAGAGCAGCCAGCAGCUCUCGACGUAAACAGCACUUGGUGCACUCUGUACAUGAGGAGCCCCUCCUCCUGUGCCCCAAUAAUACCUUCUUUGACUCUGGUGUAGCUUCUGAUGCUUCAGCCUUCCAUGACAUGCACGAUUCUGAGCUGGACCGACACGAGCAGCCCAGCCCUGACCGAGAGUUCUCCUUUAAGACCCCUAUAAAAAGUAGCAGCCACCUGACCUCAUCCACUCCCAGUAAGCCUCCUUCUAACAUAUUACCUGAGCUAUGGAAGGUGACACCAGUGGGCAAAGGGAGCCAAAGUGUUCUGGACUUCAGCCCCAUUCGCACACCAAGUGGUCCCACAGUCACCCCUCGGCGUGACUACACCACCCUCAGCUUCAGCAGCACUCCGUUUAAAGAUUUACCCUUAUUUAAUUCUCCCAGAGAGCUGCUCACAUCCGCUCCCUCCACAGUGGCCGGACCAGCACAUGCUCCCAUGGAAUGUCUGCAUGGUGGCUGCUCCAUACACCUGCCUCAUGCUGGAGGGAGCACGCCCAUGAACCGCUCACUCACAGAGGGACUUGUUCUGGAUACAAUGAAUGACAGCCUCAGCAAGAUAUUCCUGGACAUAAGCUUCUCUGGUUUGGAUGAUGAGGACUUCGGUAUGGCCAACAUCAGCUGGUCAGAGUUCAUCCCUCAACUGAAGUAGCCCGAAGGCCUCAAAAAUUACAUUUUUUCAAACACUAGCUAUUUAGAACAGGAAAGCAGAUGCAAAAAUUGGAAAAUAGGUCCUUCAGAAAAAAUAUUGCUGGUCCAUAGUGAUAACGGUUACUCAACCUGACCUGUGUCGACUUAACCAAAACUUCCAUAAAUAACUUCUUCAGUUUACUAAAAGCUCUGGUGAAUAACAAAACUUUAAAAAUUGUCUUUCUAUUACAUCUGCUUUCCAUUCCUGCUUUCAGCUGUCAUUGUGGGAUGAAGUGAAUUGACAGACACUUCAUUUUCACUUUCCAGCUGAAAUUACCAUCCUGUUCUCUUUUCCAAGGAUGUAUUUCUGCAUUUCUGACUUGGAUUACAUUUAUUUUCAAUUCAGUUCUUUUGUCAUCUUAAUUCCUGUGUCUAAUUAUAUGCAAGUGGUGUUACUUUUUUCUAUCAUAUCUGUCUGAACUGUUGAAGGACUUUCUAGAGAGGAGGGAUGUAUCAGUGUAUAUGUCAUUGAUUUGCACAUUGUAUCAUAUAAUUUAGCAUUUAUGUAAAUGUAAAACUUACCGUUUAAUCAGUCAUUGAGAUGCUUCCAGACUCCUGGAAUGACUUUUAGAUUGCGGUCCAGGAUUGUUAGCAAUAAAAAUGACAAUAACAAGUAGCACUAACAGCAUUAGAAUUUAGAAUUGCCAAUGUAUGUCAAUAGUAGAAACAUUUUUACCACAUGACAGCAACUAUUAAUCAGUAUGCCAGUACCAACGUCAGAGUUUUUUGGACCUACAAAGGGAUAUUUUACAUGCAGUGGCUUUUUAGGAUACUUUUUUGGUAACGAAAUAGUGAAUAUUUUGUACCUCUAUAGCACACUUUGUACAUGUUUAAAAGACACAACAUCCUUUUACUUGUCUGGGAGCACAAACAAGCUAAAGGAAAGCGGUUCCUUUGUAGAACAGUGUUCAGCAGCACCAUCUAUAGAGGACUGAAUGCAAAAUACCUGGUUGAUAAAUCUGUUUUAAGUCGCCACAUGAUAAUAUCUGGCUUUAAGAAUUCCUCCGUGUUUGUCUGCACAUGUAUUUAUCUGAGAUGUUGUACCUGUUGAUGGUAUAGUGUAUUGGUGUUGAGUGGCAUGCAACAAGUGUUAAGUUGUAAUGUUUAGUGUAUGUGCCUUGUUUUUCUGUGACCACAAUAAAUCUGUUGGUGUUGGUGCCCCAUAAAACACACAUUUUGAUUUUGUGUAUUUUAAUUUUUUGCUUUUUAAGGUUUAAUUUCUGCACCCUUAUACCAGUGAAACCACACUGUAUUGUAAAAAUGACACAGAAAGGUUGGCUUUUUAAUUUAUAUUUG